AGAGGACAGAGAGGACAGAGAGGACAGAGAGGACAGUGGUCUGAGGGGUCAGGAGACGAUGGCGGAGCGUCCAGCAGCUGACGUUGGAGAUGUGAAUCUGCAGGACGUCCUGAGAGGACGGACAGAUGGAGACCAGAGGACGACCAACAUGAUCCGAGUGUUCAUCAGCUCCACGUUCACAGAUAUGAGCGGCGAGAGGAAGGCCCUGCUGGAGAAAGCUUACCCAGAAGUCUUUGCUUUCUGUCGCAGUCUGGGGCUGGUGUUUGAGGUGGUGGAUCUGCGUUGGGGGAUUCGGAACGUUACGUCAGGAGACCACGAGGACUGUGAGAUCUUCCUGCAGGAGAUCCGCAGCUGUCAGAGGAUUUCAGCCGGUCCCAACUUCAUCGCUCUGCUGGGGAACCGGUACGGCCCUCGAACUCUUCCUCGCCUCAUCCCGGAGAAGCAGUUUGAAGCUCUUUUGUCCAAACUCUCCAAAAACCCUGAAGGCGUCAAGCAGCUGAGACAGUGGUUCUUAAAAGACAACAAUGCUGUCCCACCCACCUACGUCCUCCAGCCAAUCACGGCUCACUUCCCCCACUACAGCGACCUCCGACCUGAGACUGGGCCGCAGCGUGACAAGGACCUUCUUUCCUGGCGGGUCACAGAGACUCAACUGUUGCAGCUCCUACGCUCCGCCGCCGCAGACGCCAAGACAGCUGGUGACAUCACAGCCGAGCAGGAACAAGAGUUCUUCACAUCAGUCACAGAGCAGGAGUUCGAGCAGGGUUUGUGGAAGGACAACAGCGAAUCAUCGGCUCUGCUCUUCGUCCGAGAGAUUCCUCGCCAGCGCAUGAGGGACGGUCCCAGGCGGUUCGCCAAGUUUAUGGACCUGACUGCCGACGGCCUGCUGGACGCCGAAGCUCAGGGUCUCCUCACUAGCCUCAAGUCCCGCCUCUACACCUCGUCGCAGAAGAUCCUGAACCUGCACUGCGUGGAGCUCAGCAAAGGAAGCAUCGACCCCAAACGCAAAGAGCACGCUCAGUACCUGGACAGCGUCUGCGAGCAGUUCGUGACGCAGAUGAAGGCCCGGAUCGGAGCAGUGGCGGGUCCAUCAGUGGACGGGAGGCGUGGGAGGACAUGGGGAAGCAUUGAUGAAGGGACGAUGGAAACGUCAGACUGGGUGGUUGAAGAGGCGGGACGGCACACCGCCAUGAGCACCAAGCUGUCCAGAGGGCUCUACGGCAGGGAGGGGCUUCUGGGUAAGAUCUGCUGCGCCAUGUGGGAGUCCACCAACGUCCAUCACAGCCCGCUGGUUGUUCACGGGGCCGCUGGGAUGGGUAAGACGGCUCUGCUGUGCAAACUGGCGCAGGAGAUGCGUGGCGUCCUGGAGGCCGGAGCGGUGGUGGUGAUCAGGCUGCUGUCGGCUCGUCAUCCUCAGAGACCUGACAUCGACCACGUCCUCCGCAGCAUCUGCUUCCAGAUCUGUUUGGCUUGUGGUUUGGCUCCACCCUCGCCGCUGACGGCCAACAGUCACCUGGACCUGCUCCGAUUCUUCAGGAACGUCCUCGAUAAGAUUUCCCAGCAGGGGAACACGCUCCUCGUCAUCCUGGACGCGCUGGAUCAGCUCUCAGACCAACACCGCGCCCACAAACUCUGCUGGCUGCCCACCAGCGUCCCGCCCAACGUCCACCUGGUGGUUUCCAUGGAUACCCACAGUGAAGCAUUUGCUAGCAUGCGGCUGAAGUCGGAGACUUUGGGGAAUUUCUUUGAGGUGGAGCGUUUGUCUCGUGACGAAGGAAAACUGAUCGUGGAGUCGAACCUGCGAGCGUCUCAGCGAGCGCUGACCCCGGAGCAGAGCGACGCCGUGCUGCGACACUUUGAGACGACCGGCUGUCCUCUGCACCUCAAACUGAUGAUGUCAGCGGCCAGACGCUGGACGUCCUUCACCCCGCUCGCAGACCUACACCUGGGCGCCAACACACAGGAAAUGAUGUCACAGUUCUUCCUGAUGCUGGAGAAGAAACAUGGGAAGCAGUUGGUGGGCGGGGCUUUAGGAUACAUCGCUCUGGCCAGGGAAGGUCUGCUGGAGGCUGAACUGCGUGAUGUCAUGUCCCUGGACGAUGAUGUCAUCCGUGAGGUGUAUGAGUUCUGCCUCCCUCCGACCCCCUCGUUGAUCCGGCUGCCCCCCCUCCACUGGGCCCGUCUCAGACGGGACCUUGAGGAUCAGCUGGAGGAGCGCUGGACGGGCGGGGUCGCCACCAUCGCCUUCAACAACCGGCACCUGUGUGAGGCGGUGUCGGCUCAGUAUCUGACCUCAGAGCGACGAGGACGGAGCCUCAGGAUCCUUGCCGAGUACUUCCUGGGUCGGUGGUCAGGCAAACUGAAGCCGGCAUCUCUGCCGGGCCUGUCGCUGCUCCUGUCUGACAGAAAGGUCCCGCCCCAGCCUCUGUGGUUUGCUCCAGGAUUGGCUAACAUCAGGAAGCUCCAGGAGCUGACCUAUCACCUGCUGCAUGCCGGCCUGUGGGAGGAGCUGCAGCAGGAAGUCAUCGGCUGUGCUGAGUGGCUCUACUGUAAGAGCAGAGUGUGCGGGCUCUCCUCUGUGAUCCACGACCUGGACCAGUGCUCCCAGUACAUGGACUGCACUGAGACCAGGCUGGUCCGAGACACUCUGGUCCUGAUGAAACCCAGUCUGGAUUUCCUGGAUGGUCACAUGGACACAUCUCUGUUUUACUCCGAGCUGUUGGCCAGACUCUGCUCUUUGGCCAAGCCUUUCCCCGCUGUGAUUGGUCGGCUGUGUAGCCAAUGUGAGGAGUGGUUACUGACGUGUCUCGAGCCGAUCCUCGUUCCCAAGUGCAGCUUCCUGCAGCAGCCAGGGGGGGCGCUGCAGCACACACUGACUGCACUGCAGGGAGGUGUUCUCUGUCAGGACGUCAGCCUGGAGGCGGAGCUUCUGGUUGCAGGUUCAGAUGACGGAGUGGUGGCGGUCUGGAGUCUGGCUGACCAGCAGCUCAUACACUCACUGCUGGGACACACAGGUCCAGUUCUGUCCGUCAAAGUGCAUGACAGCUCCGCCCACUGUCUCUCAUUGGCUGCUGAUGGCUCUCUGAGGAGGUGGAGCCUGACAAAUGGCCAACAGCUUCUCUGCAUCCAGGAGGCGGUGCCUCUAGACUCCACCCCUUCAUCAGUACACCUCCACCUGUCUGCACGGAGCCAGCUGCUGUUUGUCUACACCAGCGCACAGGUGAAGGUGUGGAAGCUGGACGGCUCUGAGCUCCUCAGCAGCAGCAGCACUGAUGAAGGGUCGGUGGUUCUGGGGGUUCUGGAGGACUCUGUGUUCUCUCUGUCUGGUUCUGGUCUGGUCCGAAUAUCUCGUCCUGUCGGUGGAACUCAGACUGUGGAGGCUCAGCUGGAAAACUCAGCAACUCGUCUGACUCUCGUGAACUCGGUUAUGUUACCGAAACGUGAGAAAGUGUUUGUGGUUUCUAAAGAAGGAUUCCUCCAUCAGGUUUCCAGGACGGGGAAACAGACGGCCACCGAGUUUCCUGUCGCUCCUUCGUUACUUUCAGUGACUGAAGAUGAGAAAAUCCUGAUAGCAGGCAGCGAUCGGACUUUGAGUCUCUUCAACAUCGACACAGACUCUGUGGACAGAUUCCUCGACCUCCAACACGACGACAGCGUUCUGUCCGCCUGCGUGUCGUCGGACUGCAGACAGCUCGUCUCCGGAGCUGCUGACCAGCUCAUACGGAUCUGGUCGGUGACGACCGGCGCCCUGAUGGACUCUCUGUGCGGGUCCAACGCUCCCGUCACCUCGGUGCUUCUGUUUAACGGCUUCGUGGUUUCGUCCUCGACGGCCUCUUCCUGUAUCCAUGUUUGGAGUGUGACGUAUGACACCCGCCACAAACCCACGGCCCACAUCCCCGCCUGCUGCGCCCAUGCCUCCGUCACUAAAGACGGCGAUCAGAUUUUCUACGUCCGGCACCCGAGCCAGAAAGAGGUCGUGAGCUGGAACAACAACACAGGUUCUCUGUCGGAGCGUUUGCCGGUCUCUGCUGAGGUUUGCUGCCUGGAGUUAGCUCAGCACAAACGGCUGCUGCUCUGCGGUCUGACCACCGGUACCGUCCUCAUCUACCCGUUAGCCCUGCCUCAGGAGACGCUCUGCAUCCCCCCACCAGAGAGCCUGUCCAGGGUGCUCUGCCUGGCCGUCAGCCACCAGGAGAAGCACGUGGCGGUGGCCUACGAGGACUCUGUGUCUCUGUUCGAGAUCACCACCAGAGACAGCUUCCCCACGGUGGAGGGACCCCUGCAGGCGUUCUCCCUGUCCCUGCUCCACGCCCCGCUGUCCUCCAUGGCCCUGCUGUCCGACCGCAGGCUGCUGUACGGGACGAGCUGCGGGGGGGUGAAGCUCUGCGACUUCCGUGGUGGCAGCAGUUCAGACCUGGAGCCUCAUCGCAGCAGAGUGACCUGUGUGACGGCCAGUAACUGGGGGACGCACGCCCUGGUGGGCUCUGAGGAUGCCGUGCAGAGGCUGUGGGCUCUGAACCCAGUGGUCCUGGACCACACCAUGGAGUACAAGGGGUUUUUCUUCGAGGGCAUCCUCUGUGCUGCGUUCUCUGAGAGCGACCAGGUCGUCUUCACCGGAUCUCAGGACAGAACCGUCAAAGUGUGGAACGUCGCUACAGGAAACCUUCUCUACGUUCAGUACGUCUACUCGCCCGUCAUCAAGAUGGUGACCUUCAGGAACGGCUUCGUGGCGUUGUCUCAGCAGGGCUCCGUCAUCAGGGAGGUGUUUCACUGUCCAGACCACAUCAGCCCGGACUACAACCCGCUGAGGAACGUCAGGGCUCAGUACCGGGUCACCUCCAGGGAGAAGAACCAGGACGGCCAGCAGAGCGCUGUGUCCGAACUCCAGGACUUCAACCCGGCCCAGUUCAACCUGAACCUCAUGAGCAUGCUCAAAGCCAAACCCUCGUCCACCUGCCUCAUCCUGUAGGACACCAACAUGGACCUCAGGACCUCCAGAGA